UCUUUUAUCUCUAGUUGUCCAUUUACUGAGGGAAUUCAGUCACAUUUACUCCUAGUGUUUAAAUAUAUAUAUACAUAUAAACAACACCAGGUUCGGAGGCGCGGCUUUACAAAAGGCGGAAUUUAAUUCCCCUUGCCCCUCGGGUUUUUUUUUUUAUUUUUUAAAAAUAUAUAAGUGCAUUUAAAAAAAGGGGGUUUGUAAUUGGUCGUCCGUCCGUGCGCUGAAGCCUGAGGCCUGCAGAUUUUUUUUUUGGUGGAUUUUUUUUUUUAUUUAACGAUUUUUGGUAAAGAAAAAAAAAAAAGAACACGGGGGGAGAGAUAUUCUCUGGUUUUAUUCUUGGAAAACCCUCUCGUUCCCGCCGAAGAGAUGUCGAGACCUGUCAGGAAUAGGAAGGUCAUUGACUACUCACAGUUUGAAGACUCUGAUGAUGAAGCUUAUGGAAGAGAUUCACCCCCUCCUGCUAAGAGAGCACGAGCAUCUCCCAGAGAAGGAAAAAACAAACGAAAGUCUGCAAAAAAUGCACGCGAUGAAAGUGAGGAAUCCGAUGACAAGCUGUAUGAGAAGGACCUGAAGGCUGCCAUUGCCCUGUCAAAGAAGGAGGCAUCCCAUUCACCUGAUGAGGACAUGGGGAGUGAGGAAGAUUUGGACCAUGGUGACAGUGAUUAUGAGGCUUCGAAGAAAAAGGGCAAAAAAGGAAAAAAGACUAAAGCAGAGAAGAAAGAAAAAAGAACACCCAAAAAGCCCAGGAAAGCUGCUGAAGCAGGGGAUGAUGAGAGUGAAGAUGAAAAAGGCCACAAAGAUGGUCGUCAGAAAAGGCAAGCUGCGUCUAAAGCUGCAAGCAAACAGAGAGAAAUUCUGCUGGAUGAUGGAGGGAGUGAAGAAGAGCAUGAAGAUGAUGAUGAGGCUGUUCAGGAAAAAGGGGAUUCUGGAAGUGAUGCAGACUUUUAUGUGGAAGAUGAUGAUGACAGUGACUAUGAGAGCUCUUUGAAGAAAAGCAAAAAAGGAAGGAAGACUAAAACAGUACCUGAGAAAAAAGAAAAGAAGACGCCCAAACCCAGGCUUAGCGCUACAGUCACCCCUGCAACUCCUAGUCCGGUAAAAGGCAAAGGAAAGGGGCGGGUUGCUACCACAAAGGCAUCACCACCUUCUAAGGGGCAACCACCUGAAAGCCCUGCUAAAGAGUCAAAGAAGGAGAAGAGUCCUCCACCAGAAACAAAUGAGGAAGAGCCAGAAGAUGAAGAGGAAGAAGAAGAGGAGGAGGAAGAGGAGGAAGAAGAAGUUAAUUCUGGGGAUGACUGAACAAUGCAAGGGGAUAUUUUUUAUAUAAGUAGGGAUAGAAAAUGACUUCACUGACAGCUUGGUUCACAAGGUUUAGACACAAGACUUGUAUGUUUUUUCAAGAGGCUGUCCCUUUUUGUGUCCUGCAGACCACUAAUAGAAUCAAAUCAUUUAAAUUUGGCCUGGCAUUUUGUGGGAGUUGCUUUGAUCUUUUCAAAAUUAGGAACUGCAAGCCUAGCAUGAUGUCUAAUAUUUUUGUCAAAUCAUCUUUUUAUUGUUUUGGCAGUAUCAAGUGAAGUUGGGAAAAUCUGACAGCACGAUAAGUUGUUUUGCCACAAAACUCAGAUGAAGGCAAACCCUUUUGAUCCUUACCAUUUAGGAAACUUAAGUUACAACACCUAAUUCUUGUGCACAAAAAAGACAAACCAUAUGCAAACUUGUCAUGUAGAAGUACGUUUAUAUAACAAGCAGAUCGUUCAUUUUUUGAGAACUAGCAAAAAAAAAUCUGCAGAUCAUUUUCUUCAUCUCCAUUGUACUAUCUGUCCUUCCAGUGGAUUCCUUUGUCUGAAAAGUUUCACAUCAAAGUUUUUUUAAACAGAGAACAAGAUCAAAGACUCCUGUAAAUAUAACAUCAGCUUAACUAUCUCAACCUUGUAAAAUAUAGGUGCUGUACAUAACAUGUAGCCAAAUGACCUAGAAGUUUAGAUGUAGUUUCAUUUUUAAAAAUGUAGAUUUUGCUUAUGACCAUUUAACUUCAAGUAAAGAAGUGUCCCUGGUGACUAAAAGAAAAGUAUCUGCCAACAAUGCUAACAGAUUACCAUCUGUCUCCCAGUACAUUAUCUUAAUUUCUAAAAUCUGUCUCAAUAGCAUUGUAGUUUUUCGCAUGAAAAUCAUGAGUCAUUCAGGUAGAUAAAACUUAAGUUCUUAAGAUGAUUCCAUCCAUUUUAAUUGAAAAUGUGAACCCCCUGUUGCAUCCUUCCAGCAUAACUAGAUACCAAGUAGUCACAAAUGAAAGUUCCCAGUCUAUUUCAGUCCAACUGUAACAUUAGUUUGGUUACUCUUUCAACUAAUUUAAUGUUUUUUUUUUUAAGAAACCUGAAUGUUGCAUUUUUAAGGUGUCUUAAACUUUAUGGGUCUGCCUAGGUUUUUUUUUUAGAAAAAUAUACUUUUUGGGAUCUAAAUCGACGCAAUAUUUUAUAAUUCAAAUCUAACCGGUUCAUACAUGGGCAAUAUUGCAUUGCAAGCAAUGAAUGUAUCUAAAGUAGUAUGGUUAAGCUGUUCCUAGUAAAUGAGUGAUGAUGUAGGAUACUAUAAUCCUGAAAAGCUGUCUCAAAAUUGUCAAUGCCAGUUGUAUCUUCCUAGAAAAACAAAGGCGGCAGGAAAGAAAGCUGCACACCACCAAAAAUCACAUGAGUCGUCAGGUCUGAUCUUGUGAACUAAAUUGUAAUUUUUUUUUUUGCAGAUUGAAAUGUUUAAAAUGAAUGUGAUUGAAUCCUGAAAAACUGCUCAAUUGUUUGUCUGUAUCAGCAUUUUGUUAAAGCAGCCAUAUCUUUGUAAGUUACAAAAAAGAGAACUUGUACAGCCAAUUCUUAUGAUGUUACCAUCCAAUUCACAUGGGCUUUCAAUUUCUUUGGUUUUUAUUUUCGCUACAGAACAUUAAAUGUCUGCUGGUGUAAAA